UAUGAUUCUUUUUAUGUACUUUAGAUCUAAAAUAAAAAUGUCAAAAGCAGAAGUUGAAACCAUGUUAAAAAAGCAUGGACAAGAACAUUUGUUAAAAUUCUGGGACACACUGUCUGAGGAGAAACAAAACUCUUUUCUUAAAGAACUUCAAUCUAUUGACUUCACAAGAGUGGAAACAUUGGCAGCAAAAGCCCAAGCAGAUUUGUCGCAUUGCCAGGAUAAGAAAGAUGAUUUGAUGGAAUGUCUGCCGAAAGAUGUAGUUCAGAAAAAAAGUGCUGCCACUGAAGAAGAAAGACAGAAAUGGUGGGAUGAUGGAUUGAAGGGAAUAUCUGAGGGAACUGUUGCUGUUAUACUUUUAGCAGGAGGUCAGGGAACUAGGCUAGGUGUAAAUUAUCCUAAGGGAAUGUAUGAUGUCGGUCUACCUUCUAAGAAAACAUUGUACCAACUUCAAGCUGAACGCAUUAAUAAAUUGCAACAGUUGGCUGAGGAGAAGUAUGGAAAGAAAUGUGCUAUUAGAUGGUAUAUUAUGACUAGCGCUGCAACCCUAAAGAGCACAGUGGAUUACUUUCAAGAGAACUCCUACUUUGGUCUGGAACAAUCGAAUGUUAAUUUCUUUGAACAACAUCAGCUUCCUUGUUUAACUUUUGAGGGCAAGCUCAUUCUUUCAUCAACAGGCAGUGUAGCCAAAUCUCCAGAUGGAAAUGGCGGCUUAUACUAUGCUUUGAAGACUGGCAAAAUUCUGGAAGAUAUGGAGAAGUUUGGAGUAAAGCAGGUUUUUGUGUACUGUGUUGAUAACAUUCUUGUAAAAGUUGCCGACCCACACUUCAUUGGCUUCUGCAUACAAAGAGGAGUUGAAGCUUCUAAUAAGGUGAUCAUCAAAGAAGAUCCAAAUGAAUCAGUUGGUGUUGUUUGCAAGUGUGAGGGAAAAUAUCAGGUGGUGGAGUACAGUGAAAUUUCGCCUGCUACUGCUGAAAAGCGUAAUCAAGAUGGCAGCUUAACAUAUAAAGAUUCCAAUAUUUGCUUGCAUUUUUUCACCCUUGACUUUUUGAAGAAGAUUAUAAGCAACCAUCUUGACGAUCUUCCUCAUCACAUUGCGAAGAAGAAGAUACCACUUGUAAAUGAAGAAGGAGAGGUUGUGAAGCCAAGUGCACCUAAUGGCAUGAAACUUGAAAAAUUUGUGUUUGAUGUAUUUCAGUUUACGGACAAAUUUGCGGUGUUCGAAGUUGAUCGUCAGCAUGAUUUCUCACCACUAAAAAACGGUCCAGACACUCCAAAAGCAUCAGCCGUGUCGUGCAAACUCGACACUUUUAGGCUGCAUCGAAGUUACUUGGAAGCAGCUGGCGCGACGUUUGAUGACAGUGUUAGGGAGUGUGAAAUAUCUCCAUUGCUCUCCUACGGGGGUGAGGGAUUGCAUGAAUACAAGGGCAAGCAUUUUACUGGCGAAGCACCGAUACAUCUUCAAAUUAAAUAGUUAGCAAUUAAACUAAAGGAAUUUACUUUUGUUUUUGAAUGGUUAUCAUGUGACGUGUUUUGUUGUGAGAAAUAUUUUCCGUUGUGAUGUGUUUAUAGAGUGCCAAUGUUUACGUUUUGUUGAAAUUAUUCUUCUGUUUUUCGUUCUGUUUCAUAUAAUGUUUACUUUACGUUAUGUUGAACGAUUAUUUAUUUUGUUUUCUAAUUUUACUCGUCUUUUUUUUCUGCAUAUCCAACUUUCUAUCUUAAAGACCGGUUUCCACUUCCAUGAAAUUGGUCGAAUUAAAAAGUCGCCGAUUACUACGUUAUUGAUUCGUUCGAUUUGACCAAUUUAGUUUAAGUGUAAACCCACGAAAGUGUGUCUUUUACAUACCGUCACUAAUCAAGGAAACACCCGUGUUAACGCCCAGGGCGUUUAUUUCAGCGUGUACAGCAUGUUGAUUUUAACUUUUGUUUUUAUGGUUUAAUUUAAUAUAUAUUAUUUAUUUUUUAUGUUCAUACGUUUUAUGCACCCGACACACACACACACAAAAUUUAAUUCAACUUAUACAAGGGUAAAAAAAAACUUUUAAAAGUCAGUCAUUCUCUGUACAGUAUCCUACUUUAUUUUCAAUAAACUUGGAUCUGCGUUAAUAACUUUCUGAGACUUUCUGCGCAAUGUUGUGCUAAAGGUUAAGAAAUAUAGGGAAAGUAAAGUAAAAUGGCGAUCUUAAAAUGUGGCAGACAUCUUGGUAUAUCCAACAUUGUAAUUUAACCACAUCAAUAUUUAGUUCUCAUGAUAUAAAUUUUACUUAUUGAACAUAAACUUCUUAAUAGAAAA